UUCAAAUGUCUACCACUCCGGCACAUCGAAUAGCAAGUCCACAUGUCCGCAGGGGUAUCUAACUAGUCUGCCAAACGUCCACAUGAGCUUUACCCCUCCUCUGCACCUCUAACAUGUAUGUAGUACAGUAUAGUACUUAUCCAUCCACGGCGUUCGCCACAUGACUUGGCCGAACCAUAGGGAACCAUUAAGCUUCUUCUCCCUUUUUUUCGAUUCCUUUUUUUCACGGGGGUAUGCUUCAUUGGAUGGGGAGAGACCUGAACUGCGGGCCGAUGCUGGCGAGGCUGUUUAUUUGCCGCCUAAUCUAUCGUCGGGUCUGGGUAUCUGGGUUCUUCUGCAUUUGCGCGGUGUGGGCUGCAGCUGAGUUAAGCUGUGCGACGAUUUUUAGCUGAGAGCUCUUUUUCGUUUUUUGGAGAGAGGUGGGGAAAUACAAGAGGGGCUGGUGAGAACGUAUUUUUGGGCUUUUUUUUUUUGCUAGCUUUUUGGACCUUGUUGAGUUUUAUUUGGAAACUAAUAGUUUUUGAACGUCUGCUUUCUGGUUUGGGACUUCUUUGUUUGUCCUGUCAGCUUGCGGCGCGGGAAAAUAAUACAUCUCGGAACUUUUUCUCGAGAGUAUUGAUUCGAUGUAGCAAGCUGAGCCAAGGGGAGGUAUUGAUAUAGAGGUAUUGGGCACCUUUUUAGAAAGAAGAGAAGCUGUCUAGGAUAAUCGCUGUCAGAAAGGAUUGUAUUUGGAGGGUGAUUGGAAUCAUGGCGAGUCUCAUGGCGAGUCUCAUGGGUCCAGCAGCUGGAGUUGCCAAAGUGGUGGUUGUUCCUUCGAGAGCUUCCCUCCGACUUCACGUCUUAUGUGGAUUCUUCGGGUUGGCUUCUUUCAUGUGGGGGUAUGUCUCCCGUUUCUUUCCCAAUCCAUCGAAUCCUACGCUUCCCGGCAAUCGUAUACUUUCAAGCUGAAUAGAAACUGAAAUCCGAAUACAGAUACAAUAUCGGCAUCAUGGCAACGAUCUAUGUCCACCCGGGCUUCAAAGAGUCGCUCCAUAACCCCGACGCCGCACAUACCGGGCUGAUCACCGCGAUUUACUACCUGGGGACCUGGACGAGUUAUAUUUUUAUCUCGCAUCCGCUUUCGGAUUUCCUUGGGAGGAGGUAUGCGGCGUCCUCGGGGGUGUUUGUUGUUUGUUUGGGGGCGGCGUUGCAGGCUGGUGCGAGUGGGUCUGGGGCUUUUGCUAUGAUGAUUUGUGGGAGGAUUGUUUGUGGGAUGGGGGUUGCGGUUAUUUCUACUAGUGUGCCUAUGUAUCAGAGGUUCGUGGCUGGAUUUUGUUUGUGGUGCGUGUUUUAUAGAUGGGGUGAAAGUGCUAAUUUGUUUUGGAUAGUGAGAUUGCACCUGCGAGGCAGAGAGGGAGGUAUGUGGUUAUGAAUCAUAUUGGUCUUGUUGCUGGGCUCGCUUUUGCUUUUUGGUAAGCGACUUCUUGGUAUUUUUGAUUCUUGGCUGAUUUUUGAAAGGGUCGGCUACUGGAUGAGUGCUUGGAAAACUCCACAGGGAAAUUAUUACGGAUGGAGGUUAUCAAUAUUGGUUCAAUUCAUCCCUGCACUCACAUUCAUCAUCGGAGUCUUCUUUGUUCCAGAAACGUAAUCUACCUCUCCCUAUCCCAAGAUCUCCGAAAACUAAACUUCGGUAGACCUCGUUGGCUCAUAGAGAAAGGCCACUACACUCGCGCCCAAUCCUCUCUCGCCUAUCUAAGAGACGCGCUUCCAGAAAGCGACAUAGUUUCCAUCGAAUUUGAAUCCAUCAAAGCUAACGUAGAUGGACACCGCAACACAGCAGAAGAAAAAUGGACAGCAUUAUUUACACAUCGCCCCCUUUUUAAUCGGUUAUGGCGCGCGGCACUUUUGCAAUUCAUGGCGCAGAUGUGCGGCAAUACUGCGAUGAAAUAUUACCUCCCUUCCAUCUUUGCGAGUUUGGGUAUUGAACAUAGAAUCACGUUGUUGAUUGGGGGGAUUGAAAGUACGCUGAAGAUUGGCUGUACGAUUGUGGAGUUGUUGAUUAUUGAUCGCGUGGGACGGAGGACGACGUUAAUAAUUGGCUGUGUAGUUAUGGGGAUAGCACUUCUGGUAACCAACUUUCCCUUUCUCCCCUUCCAACCAGAUCUACAAUCCAGUUCUUAAAAGCAUAUAUGCGUAAAACAUCCUAACCACCCCAGGUCAACGGCGCACUCCCCCAAGCAUUCCCAAACAACACCAACACAGUGGCCGACUACACCUGCAUCGUCUUCAUCUUCUUCUACACCUUCGGCUACUCCAUUGGCUUCGGCCCCGCAGCGUGGGUCUACGGCUCCGAAAUCUUCCCUACGAAUGUUCGUGCUAGGGGCCUCAAUUUCGCGGCGUCGGGUGGUGCUAUUGGGAGUAUUAUUGCGGCUCAGACGUGGCCGGUGGGCAUGGAUAGGAUUGGGAGUCGGACGUAUUUUAUUUUUAUGAGUGUAAAUUUUGUUUCUGCGAUUGUGAGUUUGCUUCUUUGUUUUAUGUCCUUCUGUUGGAUGUUUUUCUUGGAAGUGGGGGUUGGGAUGGAAUGGUGGAUUUGGUUUGUUGGAAGGUGUAGUAAGCUGAUGGUUGGAUAGAUCAUUGUCCUUGCGUAUCCAGAGACUAAACGGAGGUCGUUGGAGGAUAUGGAUGCGCUGUUUGGAGAUUAUCAUCCUUCUCAUGGUAUAAUAGCUGGGGGUGGAGCUGGUGCCAGGGAGGAGAAUGGAGAUGCUUAUGGCGAUGACAAUAGCUUGGGCAGAGAGAGUGUUGUUGUUGGUGGAAAGGGUGUCGGAGGUGAUCGAGAUAGUAACUGAAAUAUUCGGGAAACCUGGGCUGAUGAUCUGCUUACAAUUUCUAGAGGGUUCAUUGUUGGAAAUUUUGAGAAGUAACAUGUUAUACGCAAUGGAAACAUUAUUGUUUGUUAAUGAUCAGUGCCGGAUUGCUUAGAUUAUAAGAUAUCAUUUGCGAAUAAGAUAUUGCUAC